AUGAAAUGGGAAUCCAUUCCGGCAGCUGGGGAGGGGCACCAUGUUGGCGAUGAAAAUGACGGUGUGAACUGGGUGAAACCGAACACCCCAGCUGUAGGAGCAGGGUCUGCAGAUACUAGCGAACCUGUUGCCAAUGCUGGUAAAAGUAUGCUCGACCCUCGAGAUGCUCAAUCUACCCUCUUCUACCCUCUUCCAGUGGGCGGCACCAACUGGAACAAGACAUUGUUUGGCCCCGCGCUUCCACCCACUCAUCUCAGCGCAGGGAACCCACCCUUCAAGCGAAACGUGACCUGCAGGCCGUUCUACAGCGAGACGAAAAUGGCGCAGGAAAAGCCAAUGGUGCUCGUGGCGAGCUACAGCUCCCCCGCCAACGACGCCUUCGAAACGAAAAGGACCAUUCCAGCGCCGCCGUCCGAUGCCGUCUCCGACAAGACCAUCUACCUCGAGGCCCUCCGCAAGGCCGUCGCCGAAACCCAGGGCCAGGUGAACAAGGAACUCACGGCGCGCAUGGAGGAGGACAAGGCACGCGACGCGGCCGCCGACAACCCGGUCGACGACGACAAGGAGGAGCAAAACUACGGCGAAGAGGUCCAAGAAGAAGACUGA